UGCCGCACGUAUCCACUCGGUUGUUGCUGCUGCUGAUGAUGAUGAUGGUUAUGUACCACAUCAUUCUAGCAAGAACAUUGUAUCGUAGUAGGCUGUAAUGUGUCUCGAUUUCAAAGGCAAAUUAAUGUGAAAAAGUGAUCGGGAUUACUUCGAUUCGUAUUUGGGCGACCGAAAGUGCAAGUGUCCAAAACUCACAGGAAGAGAUGCUCGUUUGAUGUGUGUGCCGCACUAGUACCAACAAAAUGAAGUGAAAAAUGUCGUCAGACUGCCUAAAUUUUAUUAUCAUGGAUCUCUGAAGCCGUGAAUCCGGUUGAUGGCUCCCGUACAGCGACGACGACGACGACUGUCAAGCCGGUUCCAUUCAGCCAUUCCAGCAGCCCAGCGCACCCAAUUUCUGCGUAUCUUUCGGCAUCGGCUGAGGCGGCUUCGUCAGCUUUUCCAUCUUACUGGAGGUACCGGGGCCAAACUGCGUUCAUCCCAGCUGGCCAACCGAUACUGUCGCGCAAUGCAUCAGCAGUUUCUAGCCGGGAAACUGAAAGCUCACCACCACAGUCGUGGUGGUCCUGGUCUGGUGGUCGAUCAACGGGUUGGUGCACCAAAGGGGUCCACCAUUCCAAGUUUUUUCCGGAAACGGGUACUGGGGAAGCUUCGGGAACAAAAGAAAAUCGAAAAACCGGUUGAGGUGGUGGAAGAGGAGGUGGUAGUGGUCGAUGAAGAUGGAUCAGGAUCGGAUGAGAGUUCUGGGGAAAAGGUUCUUGAAGUUAGUGAUGGAGAUCAGGAAGACCAAAAGUACCCUGAAAUACCCGAUCCAACAAAAUUUUCCAUUUUGAAGGAUGAAAUUAAAGAGUAUUGCGCGAUUCAGAAAAAGAUUCAAAUCGUAAUUUCAAUGUUGAAACUGAGGGCAAAGGAGUUGGAAAAACAUGAUGACGAGGCAUUAGAAGAGGUAAAACCGGAGGUCAAGGAAGAGAGUUCAUCUAUCAAGAUGGAAGAGGCAAAUGAGGUGGAUUCGAACGAGGUGAAAUCGUUAGCAGAAAUGUUUUACGAGACUUCAGACGAAGACGAAGUUGAGCUAAUAAGUGAAACGAAACCAAGGAAGAACUCUUCGGAUGUAGAGCUUGUGGAGUCGAAAUCUGAAGUCCUUUUCGUAGAUUGCAAUGUUAAAGAUGAAACAUCUGGCGAACGAGAAACAGUUCUUGUAGAUUCCAAACAAGUUCCUCUACCAGCAAAAAGCUUGAAAGACAUCUCCAAAUCAGAUCUGUUGGAUCCAACUUUAAGUCAUGUUAAGCUGGAACCAAUCGAUAAAAAAACCUCCGUUGUUGAUUCUCUUCUGAGUAAGUUCAAUCUAGAUAUUCCAAAAUCACAGAUAAAAUCAGAACAAAUAGAGGAAGAGAAGGCAUCCCAGCGUUUAAGGGAUCGACGGAAUAAACCCAGCUACGUAGAUCCGGAUGAGGAACCCAAAAAAGUUCGACCAUCUAAGGUUUUCGAUAAGGUACUUCAAAAGUACAACAUAGAUCUAGAAAGCACCAAAGUCAGUCCAACAGUUGAGAUUUUCGAUGUCAAUGAUGGAGAAGUCAUUAAGUUAGAUAAACCGAAUGUUCCUGGUUUGAUGCCCACACCAAUUGUGAAAAAGUCACGUCCAAAUGCAGCUUUCUUGGCACCGGACACCGCUUACGAUGAUGUUAAAAUUGAGAAUCGAGAUGAGCUUUUCAGAGAAGAGGGCCUUAUGUCCUUCGGCUCAUUGCCGCCGCGACUGGAAUGUCCCCGAAGACCCGAUGAUAUGGUACGACCUCGAACGGUUGCCCAAAAGCGUAUUCUCAUCCAGAAGAAAAACGACGUACGCUAUCUCAUGAUCGAUAAUGAAGCAAAAAUUUUCAACGAACUCGAUAAACGCAGCAAAAACGUCGAUGCCGAACUAGAUUACGAACGUAUGAAAGAUAUUCAAGACCAGAACAUUCCCUUCACUAGAGACACAUGGAAAGCUUUGGCAUGGAUGCGUACCGAGAAGGGAAAAUACUUCUUCCAGUCGUUGAAAAUUGACAAUCACUCCGUAAAACUAACGGGCAGUAGAGGAAAUCAUCCUAGCAGGAAGCAUGGUCGCAAGCAACAUUCCGUUCCAGCUUAUAAGAGCAAAAGACUUAUCUGUCACUGUCCAGAAUAUCCUACAAACAUCAAGAUUGAUCUCAGCGCGAUACAGCCUCCGGAAACGAUUGAAACUCAAAAUUUGGAAUGCGAACAGGGGAAGGACACCCUAAAAGAUCGUAAAUUGCUUUCCGAUAAGGUUAAAAUUCACCCGAAAAGUCGUCCUGGUCCUCUGUCAUCUAAACUUCGUUACGACAAUGAACUUUUAAAUCAAACAGAGGAAAGUCCUUACCUAGGACCGCUUGAAAUCCUGAAAAUGCCUAACGUUGAAAUAGAAGUAUUUCCCAAAAUUGAUCGACCACUCGAUCCUACCGUAAAACCCUAUCUAAAAAUGAUUCUACCAUUCGACGGAAUCACGGAACAGUGGGCACGCUUUGCAGUGUCAACCCUUAAAACGCCUGAUCGACUUGAAAGCGAUAUACCAUCGGAGGAUCGGUCCUUUUCCUUUUCUGUACCCUACCAAAACAACCAACGGCGCAUUCUUAUUCGUCGUAGAAUCGCAGAACAACCAACCAAGCCAACGCAAACCGAAAGCCUGGACAAGUUUGAGCAGGAACUACAGGAACCGCUAUCGUUCCGCAAGCACUUGGACCAACAUCAACCGUCGAUGGCGGAUGAGGUGGAUUCCGUUGAACGGGAUUGUGCCGAUGUGCUGUCGGAGAUGACCGAUGCUGUGGCCAUCGGUUUGGCAGAAGAGCUGUUUAUGAAACAGGAUCCGGACUGCAAUUAUAGCCGGGAGGAUAAACCUGUCCAAACGGAGGGGUCAUCCGCGGUUGCUUUGGGUGGAACCUUGGCAGCUGACGUGUCUGGCAGUGGCAAGCAGAAAGAAAAUGCCGCUAAAUCCAAGCGGAUGCUCCGCGAAAUGAAACGAUUGAACGCAACCAUUAUCGAAUCAUUGCCAGAAGCGGCCGGCGAUGGCGGUGGCGAAGCAUCGAAUAAGCACCGCAAACCGUCGUCCUGUAACGAGCUUUACUGUGCUCGGGGAUGUAUUUGCGAUGUGUUCGGUGGAGUUGGACGGGCAGCUCAAACUGACCAUUGCAACAAUGUGGACUGCAUCUUUGGUUGCCAGUGUGGCUUCGAGAAAAAAUCCCCAGGAGCUUUAGGUUCCCGGGAAUUGAAACCGGAUGUAACCGCUGAGGAGGGAUUCUCGGCUCUGUCCAGCGAAGACAUGAAAUAUCUGCGUGAGAAGGCCACAGCUCGAUUGGCAAAGGAGGAAAAGGAAUUCACGCCGACAGUGAUAUUGACCACAAAUAGCACGGUGCUGGUGAGAAAUACGGAUGCAGAUGUCCGACGGCACAAGAAAAAACCUAAAAAAUACGAAGACUACUACAAUGACAAAAGCGUAGGAAAUAUCUUGAACGGAAUCAUCCCGGAUCCCGAUGAGGAAGACGAGGACAUUUUGGUGGAGUCACCUGAGGGAAAGAGACCGCCUGGAAGUGGUCAGGUAGUCAGUGGGCCUCUGACUGUGUAUGAUCGGAUAAGGCAUAGUCACGUGGUCUUGAACAAACUGCAGGAUUUAGACAACAUCGAACCAUGGUGUAUGGUUCAUCACUUGUACAGAUGCUACUGCAAAGGUAAUGCCAUAGCCGGAAAGCCAUUCAAAUUUACCGAGGAAAAUGAUGUCGUGGUAUCGGUCACGCCCUCGGUGCCUCCAGUAUUAGUCGAAGAUCCGUUGCUUCAGGCUUACGAACCCCGACGGAGGAGGCUAUAUUCAUUUGAACGCACCGAAACAACAACAACAUCAACCGAGCCAACGGAGGAGGAAGAUCACAUUCGCCAGCCUUUCCGUAAACGAGAUAGUUCCGAAGAAUCCUAUAAGCCAUGGAGUGAACGUCGCAAAAAGAAACGAAGGACUCUGGAAGAUCAAACUCCCGAUAGCGCAGAACGGCGCCUUAGUAAGAGUUCAGAUGCUACACCUACCUCAUCAACCCGAGCCUCGAUAGAAGAUCUGCAAAUUAAUGACGGCCAAACCUGUCGUCGGGCCAUACCUGUCAAUAGAAACUUUUACAAAACCAGAAAUUUCUAUAGGAAAGAUCGCUACCUUCAGGACAUCGAAGAGCAUCGGAGAAAGCACCCGCAAGCAGAAAAACGACUCAGAAUCCUUUUGGAAAAAUGUGAAACGACAUUUUUCGAGGAUCGUAAACAACAACUGGAGCAACAAGCUAGAGAAGCUCUUCGGGCACGAAAGGCUAAAGAACGAUUGGUAUCACAAAGUGAUAAAGGACAGGAACCGGUGUACAUUGAAGUUUACGCCGAUGAUGAAGAAUUCCGUCAAAGCACACUAUUGGCACCACUUAUUGAUCCGCAUAAGGUUCUGAUUUUCUGCGGCCGCAAAAAAUACUACGUUCAUAAUAGCGCUAUUCAAAGUGGUCGGGUAAAUCUCAUGAACAUCGCCAAAAAGUUCAAAACAACCACGGUGUACGUUAUAAGGAAUACCAACAGCAAGAUUCAAACGAAGCCAAUAAAAUUUAGCUAUCGGAAUGAAACGUUAACAUUUGCUGGACGCAUGUACCGUAAGAUUAUUCCUUACGAACAACAAGCGGAAGAACACAUCGAUCUCAAUGCCAGUUGCAACAGCAGCGAUCAACCGAGUUCACCAAUCGGUAUUUCCCCCAUAGCAUUAAAGGGGAAACCGAUCGAUAGCAAUAUGCUGGAAAAAGUGAAUGCGGACAUCUCGAACACCAUGCAACACAUUCGGGAUAUGUUGCGUAAAAAUAGCCCCCAGUUAAAUCUGCCCAAGAAAGGAAUUUUAUACCUCUAUCGUUGGGAAGUUUUCCUUCAGGCUUAUAACGAAGAUUUGCUUGAAAUUUGGGAAAUCAUCUUUCAUAAUGGUAAUCAACUAGUGGUGCUCACUACUGGAGCAGAUCGGAAAACAACUCCGCCUAGCUUCAAAAAUGUCAAAUAUAUUCAAAUGAUACGUAAAUGCUCGUUUGAAACCAAAAAUUUGAGUCUCCUAUCGAAAAUGGUACUCUUCAAGAUCGAUAAUACCGAAACCAAGAAAAUGUCACUAGCUUUAUUCGGUUCUGAACAUUUUUGGCGUUUCUGUGGGUUCGUCAAAGCUGAAAACUCCACUUUCCUAGAGAAAGGCUGUGAUGUUAGACCGACCCCCACGUCACAUCCACUGCUAGCGCCCAAAAUAAAUCGCUAUUACGAAGCCUUUGUGUCGGCGAAGAAGUCUCAAGAAGGUCCGAACGUGACCAAACCGACUCCACCGAUUCCAGUGAUGCCCAAGCCUUUGACGGAAGAUUUCACCGGCCCAAAAGUACAGGAAGUACAACCUUCUCAUCGACCCUUCCUGCCGCCCAGCAUUGUUCGCUCGAAAUCGAACGUUAAGCUGAUGGAAACCAAAAUCAAAGACUAUAAAAAUAUCGCUAUUCCCAAUGUUGGCAAGCGUCGCUGGUUUAUGCUUUCCAUCAUCGACGAUUUCACCGAUAUCUACAUCCCCAGUUGGCGAUCCUGCCUAACGUAUGAUCGUAUCAAACAAGCCAUCCAGUUGGCCAACAAGUACCGGAAAACCGUUAAGCUCACCUCCAUAACGUCCGUCAAAAAUACUCGGGAAGACGUGCUGCCGCAAAUCUACGCAGCUCCCAAUCAAGGUAAUUGCAUCUUCCUUGGACCGUACACCUACAAUCAGCACAUCGAUCUGAUGCUGUGCCAAAGCAUUGACGGAAAAAUGUUUACACGUGAAGAGCACUAUCGGAAGAAUAAGAUUGUGCGCGGCGAGGAAACUACCGGUUCCUGGUUAUACAUGAAACCGGGAUCGUCUGCGGCAACCUCAAGCCUUUCAAGCCUGUCCAGUAGUGAAAGUGCUUCCCCCAUUGUACCGACGACGAUUUCGGGAAUUCAAAAAAUCUCAACCUCUUCGGAGCAACCAUCAUCGAAGUCAUCGGAUGAAGAUUGCUUUGUGGUGGAAGACGGGCCAUCCAAACCGGAAAUUGUUUCGGAACUGAAAAUUGCGUCUGUCACUUCUGUGUCCACCGGCUCGACAAUUUCCGUUCCUUCACAGCCAGAAAUUCUUGAAGAAUCUGCCAGUACAGCUGUCAGUGAACUGGAGUCGGUCAUUAGUCAACUGUAUGAUAAUAGUGAUUCUGAUGAAGAGGUAGUUGACACGCCAGUUAUUAAGGAACCGGUACAGGAAAAAAUCAUUCACAAAGUUCCUAUUGCUUUAAGUACUGCACCUAAAAACGAGUUGUCUAAAUUGGUGGAAAAAACAAUAGAGCAGAGUCAGCAAUUGAAAGCAACAUCUCCUGCAGGAGUGACUAUUAGUAAUGCCAUAACCGUUCGAAGAUUAUCCUGUGUCCCACAAGCUUCCCUGAUGCCUUCGUUGGGAGAAACUACAUUGCCAAAAGCAAACACCAAUGCUGUGAAAGUAUCUGAACAAUCAUUAAAACGGAAGUCAACCGGUAAUACAGAGGAUUUGUCAAGCUCGGCUGAGGAAAAUUCGGUUAAGAAGAAUCGACUAUCACUGCCUCUAACGUCCAGCAAUGCAGAUGAAGUAGUAUGUUUAGACGACGAUACGGAAAUAGUUACUCAAAAAACUUCACCGCAAAAACCGAAACCAUCCAGUACAACAAUUCUCAGCAGCCAGCAAGCCCAGAUGAUCGCAAGCAAAAUUAAUCUUAUGAAUCCAACCCAGAAAGGUGUCCUGUAUGACCCUGCAACAGGGGUGCUACGGAUAAAACGGUCCCUAAUGAGCAGCCUAACCGAAGGUACCGACGUUAGCAUACCUUCAACUUCAGCAACGGCCAGUACAUCAAAAGCGCAGCAGUCUAAUCCUGCUCCCAAAGUCUCACCAAUUCCUACGCCACCAACCACACCGCAAGACCCCACGGUUUCUGCUAAAACGUUUCCAACGGUGCCGAUUCCGCCCCAUCCGAAGGAACCGGUGGAGGGAAUUCUGCGCAGCAAUAUUCCCGGCCUCGGGUGCGUACCGGUGCUUUGGUCCUCCAACGAUAUCAUCAUCAAAGUUCGGGAACUCUCGGUUAAACAGCAGUUUGUCCGGUUGAGUAGUUUCGAAGCGGCCGUAGUGCUUUUGAAUCGUUUCACGAGAAAAAAUACCUACACUUUCAAACCGUUCUCGCUGACCAUCGGAUGGAAGUUUGAGGCUAGAACUGAAGAAUUGCCAUCGGCGGAGAACCUGAUCAAUACGAUCAACCUGAGAUGUGUGGUAACCCCAAACGGAGUCAUCGAUCUGUACAAGGCGAACGCGAUCGUCGCGUUCCAAAAUAGUAAACCAAACUUCUACGAGGAAUUGCUGCUGUUACGUUUGUCGAUCUUGUGCUGCAAGAAGGAGCAUUACGAGGAGGAAAAGUGCUACCGAUUUUUCGAAAAGAUAUUUAUCAAGGCUACUGCAACAAUCAACGAGCUAAACUCCGCAUCGGAGGCUCUAAGCCGACAGGCAGCGUUCCUGCGGGAGCAGCAGCAAACGAAGCUAGCCCACAUUGCAAAGCUUAAGGUUAGUCAGUUAAUACAACCGGCAGCAGCAGCAUCAUCAUCAUCGCCAUCUAAUUCUGUGCCGAGUUCCGAUGGAGCCCCAAACCCUGGCUCUUCCAGUAAAACCAAUCAGCCGGAAGCGAAGAAAGAAUCUGUGAUCGUUAUCGACGACGAUUGAAAUCGUUGUUCUGUAUAGCUUUUUUUUCAACCAUUUUGAAACGAUCCACUGAAGCUCUAGUUAAGGUAGUCGGUGGAUUUGUUCAACAUUGUUUUUUAUCCCGUUAUGUUUAUGGAAAAACAGAAAGAAUUUUGUUUAAUAUCGGAUAUCGAAUACUAUAGGAAAACGUUCGUUUUAGGUAGCACAUUGGCGAAAAAACUCAAGGAAAUUUGUUAGCCCUAGUCGAAAAUUUAAGUCCCUCUUAAACGAUCUAUCUAAGCAAAAUUAAUAAUAAAAAAAACACUUUUUCCAAACUUAUUACAUAAAUCUAAAAUUGUUUUGAGAAGAGGCCCGUAGCAAAAAGCCAAUUGUACAUAGUUUUAUGCUGUUCGCAGCUCAAUCCUCUGGUCUCGUUUGUGAGAGCGAGUUAGUUUCGGACAUUUCGAAAACAGUUAAACCUACCAACUCCAGCUGUCGACGCAUGCGAUUUUAGUAGCCGAAAAGUGACAAGUUAUCAGAUGUUUUGCAAAUUUUCGCAUGUAGAAGCACAUCACACGACGGCUUAUAAUAAACACA